AAUAAUUAGGUCCUACUUAAAGAAAGCCCCAGCUGAAACUUCUCUCAACCUUCAAUUUUUAUUUGUUUAAUUUUCACACCAACACAUUCACAACUUGUCUCCUCCUAUUUAUACACAAACCCCUCAAAAUCCCAAUUUCAGAAAACUCAAUAUUCUCCAUAGUAUCAUCCACACUCAAAAACACCUGCAAAAUUUCAUCCAAAUAAUGCAUCGAUUUAGAUUUAUGCUUUGUUACUUACUUCUAUUCGUAAUUUCAGCAAUUCCAGCAAACGCAGGGGAAUUUACAAUAACAACAUACCCAAGAAAAAUGAUGGUUGAAAGAGCCUUAUUAAUUGCAGAUCCGCCGGCUGAAAAGUCGUCAAUCGAAGAUGAAAAUGAAAAAGAGGCCUCUUAUUCCAUUGUUGAAGCUCCAGAGAGUACAGAAACAGAGCAUCAUCAUUCUGACAAAUCUGUUGCUGGUGGAGGGGUUAUUAUUGGUGGACUUGUAACUGCUAUUUUUGCUACUGUUUAUUGCUAUAUUAGAGUUACUAGAAAGAAAUCAGAUGCAGCAGAUCAUUAGAAGAAUAUCAACUACAAUUUUGUGAAUAGUAAGAUUUAUUUAUCUUAUUUACCAAAUACAUACAAUUUGUUUCAGAAACUUUGGAUAUAUAUAUAUUAAUUACAUAAAAUUCAGCUUUCCUGUAUGAAUUAGAGUUGAAUGGUUAGUGUUCGGAGUCUCAACUAAAUUUGUAUCGCAUAAUAUUAGAUCCAUUCAGUAGAAUUUUUCUACUUUUUAUCAAAGGAUAAAACAGUUCGAUCAAUGUAUUAGAUCUGUAUUGGUGAACUUAAUAGUUAAUUAUUCUCUUCGUCCGA